CUCGUGAUAAAAUAAGCUUAAUUUCAUAAAAUAAGAUUAAUUUGAUCUACUGUUAGGACUUUUAUCUUGUCUUUUAUUUUCCCGUCAUCCCGUCGGAGCGGAAGCAGCGGUGAAGCAGCGAAGCUGUAGCCGCGGUACGAGCGUUCAGGAUCGGCUACACACCGGGCUGAUAUGCCGUGGGGAUGAUGGCUGCCUUCGGCAUUCUGAGCUACGAACACAGGCCUCUGAAACGGCCCAGACUCGGUCCUCCGGACGUUUAUCCACAAGACCCGAAACAAAAAGAGGAUGAGUUGACUGCAUUGAACGUCAAGCAGGGGUUUAACAACCAGCCGGCUGUUUCGGGAGAUGAACAUGGCAGUGCUAAAAAUGUUAAUUUCAACCCUUCAAAGAUCAGCUCAAACUUCAGCAGCAUCAUCGCGGAGAAGUUACGAUGCAACACGUUUCCAGACACGGGGAAGAGGAAGCCACAGGUCAAUCAGAAGGAUAACUUCUGGCUCGUCACGGCGAGGUCACAGAGCUCCAUCAAUAAUUGGUUUACAGACUUGGCAGGGACCAAACCUCUUACCCUGCUUGCUAAGAAGGUUCCCAUCUUCAGCAAGAAAGAGGAAGUUUUUGGCUACCUUGCAAAGUACUCAGUGCCGGUGAUGCGAUCUGCUUGGAUGAUUAAAAUGACCUGCGCAUAUCACGCUGCUAUAACUGAAACCAAGGUGAAGAAAAGGCACGUCAUUGACCCCUGCAUAGAAUGGACUCAGAUCAUUACCAAAUACCUGUGGGAGCAGCUGCAGAAGGUGGCAGAGUUUUACAGACAGCCUCCCAAUCAGGGCUGUGGAUCUCCUCUGCCUGCGCCUCCUGCUGAGGUGGAGACCGCCAUGAAACAGUGGGAGUACAAUGAGAAACUCGCCAUGUUUAUGUUCCAGGAUGGGAUGUUAGACAGGCACGAGUUUCUCACCUGGGUGCUGGAGUGCUUUGAGAAGAUAAGACCUGGAGAGGACGAACUUCUCAGAUUGCUUCUGCCGCUCCUGUUACAGUACUCCGGGGAGUUUGUGCAGUCAGCCUAUUUAUCCAGGCGGCUGGCUUAUUUCUGCACACGCCGGCUCAAUUUGCUGCUGAGUGAUGGCAGUCUCGGACCAGGUCCAGGCGGGCACCCAGCCCAUGGUAUUUCAGCACAGCAAGGGAAUGCACUGCCGCCCACCCCGACCUCCCAGCCUUCGGGGGGCAACCAGCCUCAGACGCCCUUCACAGAUUUCUAUAUCUGCCCUCAGCACAGACCGGUGGUGUUUGGACUAAGCUGCAUGUUGCAGAGUAUUGUGUUGUGUUGCCCCAGCGCUCUGGUUUGGCAUUACUCUCUGACAGAUAGCCGAAUUAAGACCGGGUCCCCUUUAGAUCUUCUGCCCAUUGCACCUUCCAACCUACCUAUGCCUGGGGGCAACAGUACAUUCAACCAGCAGGUUCGAGCUAAAGUGAGAGAGAUCGAAGAGCAGAUUAAAGAGCGAGGCCAGGCUGUGGAGUUUCGCUGGUCUUUUGAUAAGUGUCAGGAAACAACAGCUGGUUUUACCAUCAGUCGGGUUCUGCAUACGUUGGAGGUUUUGGAUAACCAUAGCUUUGAGAAGUCAGACUUCAGCAAUUCUCUGGACUCUCUGUAUAACCGGAUCUUUGGCUCAGGACAAAGCAAGGAUGGACACGAGAUGAGUCCAGAUGAUGAUGCAGUGGUCACCCUGCUGUGUGAGUGGGCUGUUUCUUGUAAAAGGUCAGGACCACACCGAGCCAUGGUGGUGGCCAAACUCUUGGAGAAGAGACAAACUGAGAUCGAGGCAGAGAGAUGUGGAGAGUCAGAGGUUGUGGAUGAGAAGGGCUCUGUAUCUUCAGGGUCUCUCUCUGCCGCCACAUUGCCUGUCUUUCAGGACGUCCUGUUGCAGUUUCUCGACACACAGGCCCCUGUGCUCACUGAGCCUGGAAACGAAAGCGAGCGGGUCGAAUUCUCCAAUCUCGUGCUUCUUUUCUGCGAGCUCAUCCGUCACGAUGUCUUCUCCCACAACAUCUACAUGUGCACGCUCAUCUCCCGUGGCGACCUAGCCUCCGACUCUCAUCUGCCCCGGCCGCGGUCCCCCAGCGAAGAGCCGUCGGACGAAUCUGAGCGCAAAGAACAGGAUGCGGGAAGCAGCGUUAAAAUGGAGGAUACUGGUCUAUCUGAGUCAAUGGAGAUCGAUCAUAACUCCAGCGCUAACUUUGAUGAGCAGAUGUUCUCACCUCCAAUGCACUGUGAGUCGAAGGGAAGCCCCUCCCCGGAGAAACCUGCCACAGAGCAGGAAAACAAGAACACUGCCAAGGAUAAGGGCAUGGAUCCGGCCUUCCCCUUGGUUUACGAGCAGCCCCGCCACAUACAGUAUGCCACCCACUUCCCCAUUCCACAGGAGGAGAGCGCAAGUCACGAGUGUAACCAGCGUCUGGUGGUUCUUUAUGGGGUCGGCAAACAGCGAGAUGAGGCGCGACACACCAUCAAGAAGAUCACCAAAGACAUCCUGAAAGUUCUUAACCGCAAGAGUACAGCAGAGACAGGAGGUGAGGAAGGCCAGAAGAGGAAGAGGAGUAAACCAGAAGCUUUUCCCACCGCCGAAGACAUUUUCUCUAAAUUCCAGCAUCUCUCACACUUUGAUCAACACCAGGUCACCUCUCAGGUGUCCAGGAAUGUUCUGGAACAGAUCACCAGCUUUGCCUUAGGGAUGUCCUAUCACCUCCCACUGGUCCAACAUAUCCAGUUUAUCUUUGACCUCAUGGAGUACUCUCUCAAUAUAAGUGGCCUAAUUGACUUUGCCAUACAGCUGCUAAAUGAAUUGAGUCUGGUGGAAGCUGAACUCCUGUUGAAAUCCUCUAACCUGGCGGGCAGUUACACUACAGGACUCUGUCUGUGUAUCGUGGCCGUCCUACGGAGAUAUCACUCCUGCCUCAUCCUCAACCCUGAUCAGACCGCACAGGUGUUCGACGGUCUGCGGAUUGUGGUCAAGUCUGGUGUGAACCCUGCAGACUGCUCUUCAGCUGAACGUUGUAUCCUGGCCUAUCUGUACGACCUUUAUACAUCCUGCAGUCACCUGAAAAGCAAGUUUGGAGAGAUUUUCAGCGAGUUCUGCUCGAAGGUGAAGAACUCCAUCUACUGGAACAUCGACCCGUCGGACUCAAACAUGCUGUGGGAUCAGAUUUUCAUGAUCGAUGCUAUUGCUAACCCAACCGCCCACAAUCUCAACCACUCCAUGGUGGGAAAGAUCCUCAAUGAUAGCCCAGCAAACCGAUACAGCUUUGUGUGUAACGUGCUCAUGGAUGUCUGCGUGGACCACCGUGAUCCAGAGAGAGUAAAUGAUAUCGGUAUCCUUUGUGCGGAGCUGACAGCGUACUGUAGAUCUCUCAGUGCCGAGUGGCUGGGCGUUCUCAAAGCUCUCUGCUGCUCCUCAAACAACGGCAACUGUGGUUUCAACGAUCUUCUCUGCAAUGUUGACGUGAGUGACCUGUCCUUUCACGACUCCCUGGCGACGUUCGUCGCCAUCUUGAUAGCUCGGCAGUGUUUGCUACUAGAGGAUCUGGUGCGGUGCGUGGCUAUCCCCUCCCUCCUAAAUGCAGCCUGUAGCGAGCAGGACUCUGAACCUGGAGCCAGAUUGACCUGUAGGAUCCUGCUUCAUCUGUUCAAAACCCCACAGCGUAACCCCUGCCCCCAAGAUGGCACCAAAUCUGACAAAUCCACAGUUGGGAUCAGAUCAUCUUGUGAUCGCCACCUGCUGGCUGCCUCUCAGAACAGCAUAGUGGUGGGAGCCGUUUUUGCAGUUUUGAAAGCUGUUUUCAUGCUGGGAGAUGCUGAGCUGAAGGGUUCAGGCUUUUCCCACCCAGCUGGUUUGGACGACAUCGGAGAGGAUGACAUGGGCUCCAAAAAAUCCGGAGGCCGUAACGUCUCUAUUGAAACAGCCAGUUUAGUCGUUUAUGCCAAGUAUGUGCUAAAGAGCAUCUGUCAGCAGGAGUGGGUUGGUGAGCGGUGUCUGAAGUCACUGUCAGAGGACAGCAGUGCACUACAGGAUCCAGUGCUGGUCAACAUCCAGGCUCAGCGGCUACUGCAGCUCAUCUGUUAUCCACACAGACAGCUGGACAGCGAUGAGGGCGAGAAUCCUCAGAGACAGCGCAUCAAACGCAUCCUGCAGAACAUGGACCAGUGGACCAUGAGACAGUCCUCUCUUGAGCUCCAACUCAUGAUCAAGCAAAGCACACCUAAUGAACUGUAUUCUCUACUGGAGAACAUCGCGAAGGCCACCAUUGAAGUUUUCCAAAAGUCUGCUGAGAUGAACUCUAGUAACCCCACCUGGAAUGGCUCUGCGGUUUCAGGAAGCUCGGUCUCCAAUAGCAACAGUACCAAUAAACUCAAACCUGUGCUCAGUUCCUCGGAGCGUUCGGGUGUCUGGUUAGUUGCCCCUCUGAUUGCUAAGCUGCCCACCUCAGUACAGGGUCAUGUGCUGAAGGCUGCAGGUGAAGAGUUGGAGAAGGGUCAACAUCUCGGCCCAUCCUCCCGCAAAGAAAGAGAUCGGCAGAAACAGAAAAGUAUGUCUCUCUUAAGCCAGCAGCCUUUUCUGUCUCUGGUGUUGACGUGUCUCAAAGGACAGGAUGAGCAGAGAGAAGGUCUCCUUACAUCCCUCUAUAGUCAAGUACAGCAGAUUGUGACUAACUGGCGUGAGGAUCAGUACCAGGAUGACUGCAAGGCCAAGCAGAUGAUGCAUGAGGCCUUGAAGCUGCGUCUCAAUCUGGUGGGUGGGAUGUUCGAUACUGUGCAGCGUAGCACGCAGCAGACGACGGAGUGGGCGGUGCUUCUCCUGGACAUCAUCAGCAGUGGCACAGUGGACAUGCAGUCUAACAAUGAGCUCUUCACUACGGUUUUAGACAUGCUGAGCGUGCUUAUCAAUGGCACUCUGGCAGCUGACAUGUCCAGCAUAUCUCAGGGCAGCAUGGAGGAAAAUAAGAGGGCUUACAUGAACCUGGUCAAAAAGCUUAGGAAAGAACUUGGCGAUCGCCAGUCAGAGAGUUUAGAGAAAGUGCGACAGUUGCUACCUCUACCCAAGCAGACGCGUGAUGUCAUCACCUGUGAGCCCCAGGGCUCGCUCAUUGACACCAAGGGCAACAAAAUUGCCGGAUUUGAAAAGGAGGGUCUCCAGGUAUCAACGAAGCAGAAGAUUUCUCCAUGGGACGUUUUCGAGGGGCUGAAGCACUCGGCUCCGCUUUCCUGGGGUUGGUUUGGAACCGUACGGGUCGAUCGCAAGGUCAUGAAGUUUGAGGAGCAGCAGCGGCUCCUCCUUUACCACACCCACCUCAAACCCAAACCACGGAGUUACUAUUUGGAGCCCCUCCCCCUGCCCCCAGAAGAGGAGGAGCCUCCCACACCUGUGGCACCUGAGCCGGACAAAAAGGUGGAUGCAGGGAAGCCAGAAAAGAGCGUGUCCAGCGUUGCACCUGAUCCCAGUAAGAAGAAAAAGAAAAAGAAACCAGCAUCAUCUAAUAAGCAAGAGGACUACAAGCCUCAUAACCCAGGAGUAAUGUACACGUCAGGCAUGGGUACUGAUUUUAUGAACAUGGGCCAACAGAUGCAAUACAGGAUGGGUUAUCCAUCUCAAAUGGCCAUAUACCCACAGAACCAGCCUUUACCACCAGGAGGUCCUGGUUUGGAUCCCCCGGUCCGUCCCAGAGGUCCCAUGAGUCAAAUGGGCAAAAUCAUUCCUGCACGUUCCUACACUAAUGUGCCGGGUGCAAUGGGCAAUAUGAUGGGUAUGGAAAAGCCGUACCAGGUCCCACCCUAUAAACCCCAACCCAGCUUGCCUCAGGGUCAGAUGCUGCGUCACCAUCUACAGGUCAGAUUGAAUCAAAAUCAUUUACUCGGACAACAGAUGAGACAGGUGGCACCUAAUCAAACGUACGGAUCAAUGCCGCCUGCACAGAACAUUACCCAGAGCUACACAUUGUGCGGCCCACAAAUGGUAAUGCCACCACACCCCUCGCAACCUGCCGGAAUAGUUAAUGCCCCGUACAAUAACCAGGGCUUCCAGGGAGCUCAUCCUGGUACAAACACAGGGAUGGUGGAUCCUCUUAGGCAGAUGCAGCAGAGACCUAGCGGCUACAUCCAUCAACAGGCUCCUGCGCCAUACCCGCACCAGAUGCAAAACACACAAAGGUUUUCCCAUCAGUCAAUGCAACAGGCACCGAUAAUGCCAAACUUAGGGCAAGGUCACAUGGGGGCGCAGAGCAUGCACCCAAGCAUGAGAACCAAUCAGAUGAUGGAGCAGCAGCAGCAACAACAACAACAACAGGCACAGCAGCAACAGCAGUUGAUCCGACAACAUUCAGCUCUUAGAGUUCAGCAGCAGGUUCAGCAACAAGUGCAGCAGGUGCAACAGCAGCAGGUGCAACAGCAGCAGGUGCCGCAGCAGCAGCUUCAACAGCAGCAGGUUCAACAGCAGCUUCAACAACAACAACAACAACAACAACAACAACAACAACAACAGCAGCAGCAGCAGCAGCAGGUUCAACAGCAGCAGGUGCCAACUGCCCAGCCACCCUCUCAAGCCCUGGGCAUGCAGCCUCUGCCCCCACAGCAGCCCAUGUUCCCACGGCAAGGCAUGCAGCAGACACAGCAACAGCAGCAGACAGCGGCACUGGUCAGACAGCUCCAGCAGCAGCUCUCAAACACACAACCCGGACAGAACACCAACUCAUAUUACUAAGCGCGUGUGGAUGCAAAGAUGAUUAGUUCUGUCUCAGCUAUAAUAGAUGCUAUAUGGACCUUUUGGGAGCGAGGAACCACAUUGGUCGGAGUCAAUUAUUGUUUUUCAGAUGCGUAUUUCUGAAAUCCAUGGAUGGUUGCUUGAUGGAAGUGAACAAUGGAAAGAGUUUAUGUAAAAAGAAGUACAGGAAAUUAUAAGAAUAUUGCAACUUUUUAUUUUAUUUCAAUUUGUACAAUUUUUCAGUUUCGUGUAUUUCUCAUUAAAAAAAAUCAUGUCAGUUUU